GCCUUCCCCUUCGGAGCACACAUGGCACGGUCUCCAGCCGCUGCUGUCAUUCAUACACUUCUUCCUCCCUCCGCUGUACGCAAGCAGGCUUCGUGGGGCCUCCCUUGGCUCUCGGUCGAGAUGCGAUGAACUGGAGAGCCGGUGCCAGCAGCAGCAGCAGCAGCUUCUUUUGUUCACGGUUCCUGUGGGGAUCCCGGGCAUGAGCCCGGCCGGCUGCCCGGCCUCAUGCAGUGCCUUAAGCGGGAGGACGAAAUGGAUUGUUGACGGGGGAGACGCGACCUGGCGAAAGGGGGCCCGGGGCGGGAGAUGUGCUGGUUCCCGGAGGCUCCUGGAGCAUCAUGUUCCCCGAUGCCGACACCGCUAACACACUGUCCAGCAGCGGGCAGCUCGAUUCAGCAGGCGCUGCCGUGGGCUCCAGCUCCCCUGGAGCGCAAAGUCCGGGCGAGUCCCGCAGUAGCAGCAGCGUCCCAUCGGCGGCGGCAGCCGAGGGCGACGGCGAAGAGGACGGCGAAGCGGAGGCAGCGAGGGCUCGCCGCUUUUCCUGCUCCAUGCUGGCCACCGGACUGGGGCUGUUGUUGUUGCUGGCGGUGUCCCUCUUCCAUCUGGACCAGCGGCAGGAGAAGAGGGAAGAGGCAGCCGAGACUGGCGGGCAGCCGUGCGUGGCCUCGCUCCUACUCCAGCUCGUCCUUUACCUCGUCUGCUCCGCCACCGCCUUCUUAGUCGGUACCUUGCUGGCUCUCGUCAGCCAGAGCCGCGGCCGCCUCAGACCCCCGCCGGAUUUCCGCGCCGCCUGGAACGGCCGCUAUCCAGGAAGGGAACACGCCGCUCCUUUGUUGCAAGCGGCUGUGAAUCUUUUAUCUGGAAGCUCACAUGAAUCUCUGCAGUCAAGGAGAGUGAUGAUUUCUCAUAACAUGGAUAAAGCUCUGAAAGAAGUGUUUGACUACAGCUACAGAGAUUACAUUUUGUCUUGGUAUGGGCACCUCAGCAGAGACGAGGGACAUCUGUACCACCUCCUAUCCGAAGACUUCUGGGAAGUUGCCAAGCAGCUGCGACAGAGGCUCAGUCACAUCGAUGUAGUUAAAGUUGUCUGCAGUGAUGUAGUGAAAGCUUUGUUUGCCCACUUUUGUGACCUUAAAGCAGCCAGUUCCAGACUAGAAGAGCAACCUCGGCCAUUUUUAUUGCAUCCGUGUUUGAAGAACUCUGAUGAAGAAGCAAGAUUCCUGCAAGCAUGUUCUCAAAUUCUGGUGUCUUGUCUUCUGCCCUCAAAGGAUGCUCGAUCUCUGACCUUACGCAUAGUCCUUGCGGAAAUACUUGCAUCAAAAGUACUGAAACCAAUGGUAGAACUGCUGAGCGAUCCCAACUAUAUCAACCAAAUGUUGCUUGUUCAGAUGGAGUACAGAGAACAGGUGAAUGAACAUCACAAGAGAGCCUACACAUAUGCUCCUUCUUAUGAAGAGUUCAUCAAGCUUAUUAACAGCAACUCUGAUGUUGAGUUCCUCACACAACUAAGGUAUCAGAUUUUAGUGGAAAUAGUUCAAGCAACUACUAUCAGCAGCUUUCCACAACUGAAAAGGCAAAAAGAGAGUAAAGGUAAAGAGACAGCUGCAAUGAAGGCUGACCAUCUGAGGGCCCGAAACAUGAAGAGGUAUAUUAAUCAGCUAACUGUAGCAAAAAAGCAGUGUGAAAAGCGAAUACGACUCCUGGGAGGCCCUGCUUAUGACCAGCAAGAAGAUGGUAUCUUUGACGAUAGUGAUGGCCCUCAGAGCCAGAAGAUUCUUCAGUUUGAGGAGAUUUUGUACAACCUAUCCUACAGAGAGCACUUCCGAAUAUACAUGGAAAGAAUGGAUAAGAGAUCUCUGAUCAGCUAUUGGGAAUCUGUGGAAUACUUGAAGAAUGCUAACAAGGCUGAAAUACCUCAACUUGUGAGUCAAAUUUAUCAGGACUUUUUUGUGGAAGGCAGAGAGAUCCCUGUGGAAAAGUCAUUGUAUAAAGAGAUACAGCAGAGCCUUGUGGGCAACAGAGGCACUGAAGUGUUUUACAAAAUUCAGACUAGUGUUUAUGAAACACUAAAGGACAGGUACUACCCAUCAUUCAUUGUCAGCGAUUUGUAUGAGAGGUUGAUCAAGAAGGAAGAAGAGAGAAGUACUGUCCAGAUGACAUCUGACGACAAAGAUGAAGUGAACCAAAUUUGUGAAGACGUUAUUGAUGAAGGAAGCUCAGGAAUUAAUGAGCAGGCCAGUUAUGCUGUGAAUAAACUACGCCAGUUAAACGACAAGCUUGAAUAUAAGAAACAAGCUCUAAAUUCUCUCUGCAGUUCACCAAAACCUGACAGAAAGAUUGUUUCUAAACUGAAGGAUGAAAUUUCUCUGAUGGAGAGAGAACACAAUGACCUUCAGUUACACAUUGAAAGAACAGAUUGGUGGUGUGAGAAUUUUGGCAUGUGGAAAGCCUUCAUAAAUACUGGAGAAGUCAUAGAAGAAAACAGUGAACAAGUGCCCUGUUAUUCUGUCAUGGUGAGUUUACAAGAGAUUGGUGGUGUUGAAGCUAAGGAAUGGACAGUACACCGAAAGCUCAGCGAGUUUCAAAGCUUGCAUAGGAAGCUCAGUGAGUGCUUCCCAUCAUUAAAGAAAGCUCAGUUGCCUUCACUCAGCAAACUGCCCUUUAAAUCUGUAGACCAGAAAUUCAUGGAGAAGUCAAAGAACCAGUUAAAUAACUUCUUACAGAAAUUGCUUUCCGAUGAAAGGCUCUGUCAGAGUGAAGCACUUUAUGCCUUUUUAAGCCCUUCCCCGGAACACCUCAAGGUCAUUGAUAUACAGGGAAAGAAAUCAUCUUUUUCACUAUCUUCUUUUUUGGAGAGGCUUCCUGGUGACUUCUUUUCUCAUCAGGAGGAGGAGGCUGAAGAUGAUGACGAUCUAUCUGACUAUGGGGAAGAUGUGGAUGGGAAACGGGAUGCCCUUGCUGAGCCUUGCUUCAUGCUGAUAGGAGAGAUUUUUGAGCUGCGAGGAAUGUUUAAGUGGGUGAGGAAGACACUAAUUGCACUAGUUCAAAUCACUUUUGGAAGAACCAUCAACAAGCAAAUUCGUGACACUGUAAAUUGGAUCUUCAGUGAACCAAUGCUUGUUUACUACAUCAGUGUAUUCCGAGAUGCUUUUUGGCCAAAUGGAAAAUUAGCAUCCAGCACAAAGCCCAGAAGUGAAGAGCAAAGCCGGGAAACAAAACAGAAAGCACAGCAAAAAUUACUUGAAAACAUUCCAGAUAUUUCUCUUGGACUCGCUGCGAAUGAACUGGAGAGUGGGAGGGGCCUGACGUCCCUAGUCUUGACUUCAGAAACAUUCUUGCCUUCGGACGAUAGGUGGAGUCAUUACCCGCUUGAUGGCAUACCUCCUAUGAAAAUCACCCUUCAGAUACACUACAGAGUCUUGUUGGACAGCAAAAUGCUCGCCAUGGUGUAAUCAAAGUAUUCAAUGCACUUCAAGAAACCAAGGCCAAUAAACAUCUUCUUUAUGUGAGUUACUAACAUACUAUAUGACAUGAGUUUGUUUGUUACUUAAAUUUACUCUUUCCUUGGGUCGUAACACUAGGAUUCUUGGUACUGGCUUCUGGACCUUAUCCUUCGCUUGCAGCAUUAGCUAGUGUUUUAUCCUCUACCCUUUUAGAAUUAUUUGCAGGAUUUGUUUUAAUUAGGGAUGAGCAAAAUCCACUGAAGCGAUUUGGGGGACAAAAUCCCCUGGAAAUUCAGUGUUGUGGUUGAAACUGGGAGGAAAAGGGAUCAGCUAAAUCAGAGAAAUUUACUAAUUCUUGAUCUUCCCAAUCAUGCACAAUCUAUCCAGAGGCCUCUAGGUAUCUGCAGACACUGAUGAAUAAUAAGGAUUUGGACCUACCCAGCACUACAAAGCCCCCUGGAAGGUUUGAGGACAGGGGGGAAGACCCUGACUUUUGCCAUACCCAGGAGGCUUUGAGUGCAUCUGUGGUACCUUUGGGGAUUUACAGAAUUGUGUAUGGUACAAUUCUAGAUGUUCCUUCCUCCAACUUUUAAGAGCAUUUUUCUGUGUGGUGUUCCACAGUAAUCAAUAUUCAAAUUGAUUUUUAAUUUAAUCAGUGUAAUAAUUGUAGAGAGCCUUGUGGUGAUCUGUGGACUGCCGGCAUGCCCCAUGGUUUACAGCUGCUUCUUCCUUCCAUGUAUGCCUCUUGUCUCUGAAUUGGCCACUGUGGGGUCCACAUGGUACCCUUCAGGGAUAUGUCUUUUCGACCCGUUAAUGACUUAGAUUGCAAUUACCUGUGCAGAAAAAAACGCAGGAUUUUAAUAUCU